GUUAAUUUUCACUUUUCUUGAUUUUAAUUUUCUAGAAUCCUAUUUCUAUAUAUUUGCUACUUGAUUUUUGAUUUUUAUCUGUAUAAAAGCUUGUUCUUUUUUCGACUGACGUAGAAGAUGGUUGAUUGCUACUUGAUUUUUGAUUAUUAUCUAUGUAAAGGCUUUUUUUUUUUUGUUCAUUUAAUUAGGUAUAAAGAGGUUGUUUUCUUUUUAUGUUGAUUUAUAAGUUCUAACAAAGUUCUUGUUUGGGAAUUGGGACUGGGCAUAUUUGUUGUUGUUGUUGUUGUAGUGGUCUCUCAUCCUUUCCUAACUUAAUUGGGACUAGGCAUAUUUGUUGUUGUUGUAGACCUAUAGUGGUAUCUCACCGACCUCAACUUGUUUGAAACUAUGCAUAUUUGUUGUUUUGUUGUUGUUGUAGUGGUCUCUCAGCUGACCCCAAUUCAUUUGGGACUAGGCAUAUUUGUUCUUGUAGUAGUGGUAUCUCACCGACCUCAACUUGUUUGAGACUAGGAAUGUAUGUUGUUGUUGUAGUGGUAUCUCAGCUGAUCCCAACUUGUUGUUUGGGACUAGGCAUAUGUGUUGUUGUAGUGGGAUCUCAGACCUAUUGAAUGGUAAGUUUGCUUCCUGUUAUAUUCUUGUCUUGUUGGCCAUUAUCAGUUACGAUUAGUGUCGUUUCUCUUGUUUAGUAUAAUACUUAGCAUUUUCUAAUCCUGGGAUAUUGCAAGAUAUUUCAGGGAAUGCUCUUAAUAUAUUCAUGAAUUUUUUUUAUCAUAGGUCUGUGAGCUGUUCUUCUUUGUGAUUACUGCUGAAUGUUUGCUUCACAACUUUUGAGAAUUCUUCGGACUCUAUCAGUUGAUGCGAACCAUGAAAGUCCGUACGCGUGCAAACUCUAAUUUGCUACAAAAUGCAGAAUAGUUAGCCAUUGAGCCUUUCUUUAUUGAACUGCUGCAGGAGCUUAUUAAAGAGAAAAUUCCUGCAUAUAUAUAUCUGACCCGACCCGACCCAACCCGACCCGCGUAUUUGUGAAUACUAUUAGUGAUGUAGCGUGCUUACUUAUUAUGCUUGAACCCCCUUCAUGAAAAUCCUGCGUCCGCCACUGAGUGUAAACUCUACUAAUUCGUGAUGGAAGAAGCUAUCCCAUAUGCAUGGCGGGAUAAUUAGGAUAAUAGACUUCUUUUAAGUCGUUAUUUGGAAAUGAUUUUUUCAAUAAUAUAUACUCCCCUAAUUCGUGAUGGGAAAAUGGAGAAGUUCUAUUG